AUGAUUAAGAUAGAACGUGGGAUCACAUUUGAGAUGUUUAAAAGGAAGAUCCAGACAAAACUGAAACUGUCUAGUUGUCACGUAAUUUCUAGAUUAAUUGCACGAAUUUUAGUUGGAAUAAAUGGUCGAUAUCAUACAGCUCUAGAUGUAUGUGACGAUGAAGAUAUAGAUUGCAUGAUAAGUGCUUGUCAACAACAACAUCAUAGGAAUGUAGUUGAGAUACAUGUGGAUGUUGCGGUUGGUGAAACAUCUUCUGUUGUGGCACGUCCGUUAAAAGUGAAUUUAUCACUCUCACAUAUUCAUGGAAGUGAUGAUGAUGAUUAUGCCACAAGAGAAGAUACUGAGACAGAUGAUGAUUGUGAUUCAAUGAUCAAUAUAGAAGGUAUUGUAAGAGUUAGUUCAACACAACAACAACAACAAGGAGAAGCAACAUUGCCCUUUUGGAAUAUAAGUCCACAUUACAGUUAUAUUAAUUGGGAACACCCUGAUCAAGAAUUAGAUUUUGUUGGUAUGAAUGACGCGCAAUCAUGGAAGGAAGGAGAUGCAUUAUAUGUUGGACAACUAUUUGACACUAAAGAAGAUGUAAGAAUGGCUGUAAAACAUUACGCCAUGAGGAAACAUCAAACUUUUUUUGUGGUGGAGUCAAAAGCAACAACAUAUGUUGUGAAGUGUGUCAAUCACAAUAGUGGAUGUCCUUGGAGAGUUCGAGCAUCCUUGCCAAAAAAUGCAGACAAGUGGAAAAUUAUAAAGUGGGGUGGUGCCCAUACAUGCGUAAAUGUUUCAAUCUCUCAAGACCACCAAAAGUUGGAUUCCAAAUUUAUUUGCUCAUGCAUUCUUGGUAUGGUGAAAGAAGAACCAUCAGUCCCAAUUUCGUUAAUUCAAGAGAGAAUUAGUGGUCAAUUUGGAUAUUCAAUUUCGUACAAGAAGGCAUGGAAAGCAAAACAAAAAGCAAUAGUUACUGUCUUUGGUGAUUGGGACGAAUCUUAUGUAGAUGGAACAUUUUUGUACGGUAAGUACCGACAAACUUUGCUAAUUGCUACGACUCAAGAUGGUAACAAUUGUGUGCUUCCCAUUGCAUUUGCCAUUGUCGAAGGAGAAACGUUAUCUGCAUGGGAAUGGUUUUUAGCCAUGAUUCGUAUACAUGUGACAAAUAAGGCAGGGCUAUGUUUGAUCUCAGAUCGACAUCAAAGUAUAAAAGGUGCAGUCUCUAACCCACAUCUAGGUUGGCAACCUCCAAAUACUUAUCAUGUUUAUUGCAUUCGUCACAUUGCCAGCAAUUUCAAUCGACAAUUCAAAAAUACCAUGUUGAAGAAAAAACUAAUUCAAUUAGGAUAUACACCAUCAAAACAGAUUUUUGAAUCUAAACUUAAUACGUUUCGAUCACAAUCACCUGAAAUUCAGACUUGGAUAGAUAAUAUAUCAAAGGAAAAGUGGAGCUUGGCUUAUGAUGAUGAAGGACGUCGUUAUGGACACAUGACUACUAAUUUGUCUGAGUCUGUAAAUAAAGUUUUGAAAGGGGCAAGAAACCUUCCUAUUACUGCCUUGGUCAAAGCUACGUAUGCCCGAUUGGUAGAAUAUUUUGUGAAGCGUGGUGAAACUGCAAUGCAUGAGGUUAACAAUGGAGGAAGAUACUAUCAGAAAUUAAUGGAAGCUAUAGAAAAAAAUCAACAAGAAGCAUCUUCACAUCAAGUUCGGCGGUAUGACAUACAAAGAACAAGGUUUGAGGUUGAGGAAGCUUUUAAUCCAGUGACACAAAGGGGUGGUCAUAAGUGGACAGUCAUAUUAUCAACACGUUAUUGUGAAUGCGGGAAAUUUAAGGCUCUCCGAUAUCCAUGCUCAUAUGUCAUAGCUGUUUGUGCUCAUAUAAGUAUAGACUUUUGGCAAUUUGUGGAUCCUGUUUAUACUUUACAUAAUGUUGUGAAUGCAUAUUCAUCUCAGUGGUGGCCUCUUGGAAAUGAAAAUAAUAUUUUACAAAAUACUGAGUGGAAGUUAGUGCCAGAUGUAGAAAGAGUACGAGGUAAAGGAAGACCAAAGGCUACUAGAAUUAGGAAUGAAAUGGAUUGGGUCGAGUCACAACCACGACAAAGAUGUAGGUUGUGUAGACAGCCUGGUCAUAAUCAACGUCAAUAUCCUCAACAGAAUGAUCGUAAUCAUCACCAUGUGUAA